UCAAACCAUUGCGCAUGGCGCGAACUGUGUAUCGGUGCAUGUGCACAUAACCUCUCUGUGUACCCGUUUCUCAGUAUUGAAUUUCUGUUAUGCUUUAUAACAAAAGUGAUAAUAAAUAUUUAAUGUUGCAUACAAGAGUUAUUAGAAGAUAUGGCCGGUUUGGAUUUAAUACAAACAUACUCUUCCGAUUCGGACGAAGAUGAGAAGAGCAGAGAUGAUCAUAAAAUUGUAAACAAGUUAGCUUUACCUGCAAGUAUUUUAUCAUGGAAAGGAGUUGAAUAUAACGAAGAAGUGAUUGAUAAUCCACUCGAUCAUGAUGGACGUAUACGAAGCUUUAAACAUGAGCGUGGUAAUUGGGCAACUUUGAUUUACAUAAAUUACAUACCCAACGAUUGUCUUCACAUUUGGAUAGAUUCUGUGAUAAGUAAAUUGCCUGUCAAAGGCAGUAUCAUUUCUAGUCUUCACAUUAGUCUCAGCCGUACUUUGAUUUUAAAGUUCCAUUGGAUUGAAUCAUUCGUAGAGGGCAUAAAACAGUCGUGUCAUAGAUUCAAUAAAUUUGUCGUACAACUUACGAAUAUAAAGGUGUACUGUAAUGAAGAGAAAACUCGUACAUUCCUUGGUAUUUAUUGUCAAGAUGAGGAUGGAAUGUUAAAGUGCCUGACGGAAGCCCUUGAUAAUGUAUUAGCUGAAUAUCAAUUGCCAUCAUUUUAUAAGGAUACUUCAUAUCACAUCAGCUUCUUUUCGUGCCUUGGAGACAAGCGAGCCUACUUAAAAGAAAUUCUACCAUCUCUCACUAACAGUUUAAACAAAUUUUUAAUGGAAAACAUGGAAGAUGGUUAUGUGCAUGUCAAUGACAUACAAUGCAAAAUUGGCAAUAAAUGUUAUAGUUUUGAAUUAAAAUAAAAAAUUGAACAAUUUAUAAGGCAUAAAA